CAAGGCAGCGCUCCACUGUGGUCGCCUCAGCCGCUGCAUUUGUCAUUUUGAGGCUUCUGUUCAUCCUGCAUCCCAAAGAUGGAGGUACUGCUUGGAGUGAAAAUUGGCUGCCUGCUUGCCCUUCUGGUUCUCACCCUGGGCUGUGGCCUUGCUCCCAUCUACUUCAGAUGGUUCCAGAUGGAUGCAGCUACAGGUCGUCACUACAGAGUUCUCAGCCUCCUGGGCUGCAUCUCUGCCGGCGUCUUUCUGGGAGCAGGGUUGAUGCAUAUGACUGCUGAAGCCCUGGAGGGAAUUGAAUCAGAAAUCCAGAAAUUCGUGGUGCAGAACAGUACAGGAAGUACAGGCAACUCUUCUCGUGACGCUGCUUCCGAUUACGUGGAGUAUCCCUAUGGAGAGCUCGUCAUCUCGCUGGGCUUUUUCUUCGUCUUCCUUCUGGAGUCGCUGGCAUUGCAGUACUGCCAAGGGGAUGCUGGAGGAUCGACUGUGCGGGAAGAGGAAUGGGGAGGGACUCAUGCCUUAGGAUUCCACAAGCACCCUCCGGUGCCCUCGCCAUCGCAGGGUCCCCUCCGCGCCCUCGUCCUUCUGAUCUCUCUGUCCUUUCACUCCGUGUUCGAAGGCCUGGCCGUAGGCCUGCAGACCACAGUGGCGGCCACUGUGAAGCUCUGUGUGGCCGUCUUGGCGCACAAGGGGCUUGUGGUGUUCAGCGUAGGCCUGCGGUUGCUGAAGGUCGGCGCCGGCUCACGGUGGGCCACGUUCUGCAUACUGUCGUUAGCACUCAUGUCUCCCGUGGGCCUGGCCUUAGGGCUGACCGUGGCUGGAGCGGCCUCGGGACCAGGGCAGGGAUUAGCCCAGGCUGUAUUAGAAGGAGUAGCAGCAGGCACUUUCCUGUACGUCACCUUCCUAGAAAUCCUGCCCCGGGAGCUGGCUUGUCCCGAGGCCCCUCUGGUCAAGUGUGGCUGUGUGGCUGCUGGUUUUGCCUUCAUGGCUCUUAUUGCCCUGUGGGCCUGAAAGCUUCCUCACUGCUUUGUGGGCCUCUGAGGACACCGCCCGAAUGACUUUGGCCCUCAGACAUCUUUUCUGUGAGGGAGGCUAAGUAUUUACUAGGCACGGACU